AGGAGGACAAUAGACAAUACUCCGCACUGCCCAUAUGCGUUGCUUUUUCCAUUUAAGGCGUGUGUGUUCAAGAAGGCAGAUUACAAAAAGUUUUAAGUGAAAUUCCAUAUAAAUCGCCCCAACCAUCCUCUCCGCACACACACACACACACACACACCAGAACUUUGCAGCCAAUAUAGGCUAUGAUUUUUAUCAUAACCGCAUUAUGAUAAUAUAAAUAACACAUUUAAGAUGACGACCAAGACGAGAUCGCCCACGUGACGAAAAACAGUUGUGUGUCACAUCACAAAACAACCGGCGUGUCUUGUUUCCACCCAGAGCGAGUCAGUGACUGUGUGCGAGGCAGAGCCAGCCAGUGACGGUGUGGAAAGGCAAAGCGAGUCAGUGACGGUCUGCAGAGCUGGGGAGACCAGGAGGGCGCGUCUCUUCUUAAGGCGCCACCGUCGGUGUGACAGCGUUCACCUUGCCUCUCUACCUGUGGAUCUCCUCUCAGCAGCGGACUGAACCAUGGGCGCUGCGUCCAGCCUGCUGGAUGAAACCACGACCACCUACAUCAAAGGCCAAGCUGAGUCUGAACUGAAGGCCUUUAGUCCGUUCUACAGGAACCAGUACUCAGUCACUCACUUCUCCCGUGUGGAAGAUGAACUGGAGCAGCAGAAGCAGAAGGCCACGCAGCUCCUCAAGCAGAGGGAGUCCCCUGAGGCCGGCGAGGUGCUGUAUGAGGAGGCCGUGCUCCACUUUGACGAGGGCAGGAAGUGGAGGGAGCGCUACAUGGUGGUGCGGGCCAACUACUGCCUGGAGUGCCACGACAGCCUGGAGUCUUUCAUCAAAGGUGCACCGGCCCGCCACAUCCUUCUGCCUACAGGGGGCGCUGUUCUGACCACAGAGGAGAAGUACAUGGCCAUGGUGGACAAGUGCUUCCCUGACUCCACCAGCAAUGUGAAGGAGGAGUUUGCCCCGCCCCUGAACAGUAUGCCCGGGCAGUUCCCAGUUUACCUGCGUCUGCCCUACCGGAGGGACUACUACUUCUGCUUCAGACUGGAGGCCCGGCAGGCCGGCUUCCUGUCCAUCCUCUCAGCCUGCAUCCGCCACCAGAACCAAGACUUCCUGAAGAAGAAGACCUGUGAGGUUCAGGCCUUCCUCAAAGCCAUCCAGCUCUACCGGCAGGAGAAGGGGAAGUACGAGGCGUGGGACAUGAUGAUAGGCAGUGACGUCAGGGUGCUGGCUAACCUGGUGAUGGAGCAGCUCCUGCCGACGCUAGAGAGAGACAUGCUGCCGCGCCUCAAGGCCAAGAAGACGGAGAAGAAGAGAAUGUGGUUCGCUACGGUGGAGGCCUCGUACAUCCUGGUGCAGGAGAACCUGAUGGAGGGCAUGUCCUCGCUGAAGAAGGAGUGUGACGCCACGGGCCGCCAGCAGGAGGUGCUGAUCCACUCGGACAUGGACCAGAUCAUCAGCUCCAGAGCUCUGCUGGAGGAGAAGCUCAGAGCCAGCGUGCUGGAGCCGGCAGAGGGCUUCAGUGCGGAGGGGGUGCAGCCGUACCUGGCCUCAGUGCUGGAGGAGCUGAUGGAGCCCAUCAGCUCGGGGUUCCAGGAGGGCCGGGGGCUCAGCGAGGCCCUGAUGGACGGCCUCUGUCAGGACCUGCAGACCAACGGCGUCACGGACGACCUCAAGCAGAAGAUGGCCCAGAUGUCCAGGCCCAACCUGCUCAGCUGUUACCAGAGGAUCGGCUCCCUGAAGGAGAAGCUGCCUCACCUCCAGGAGCGCUUCGGCUUCUCCAACGUCAGCAGCCUGAUCCACAGCGCGCAGAUAGACCUGCAGCAGCUAAUGGAGAACGCGGGCUACACCUUUGAGCUGAUGCUGCAGAAGGUGAUCCAGGACCAGCCGGAGCAGGCGGCCGCAGCCAUGGAGAAGGCCAAACACCGAGUGCUGAAGCAAUACGACUACGACAGCAGCACGCUGAGGAAGAAGCUGUUCCAGGAUGCCCUGGUGGCCAUCACCCUGCCCCACAUCAAGAAGAACCUGGCGGCCGUCUGCAAGCCCGAGCUUCAGCGUCUGGCGCAGUCGGUGGACGUGGACCACGCCCACUUCGUCCACGUGGAGAACGUCUACGAGAGCGUCCUCCUGCAGACGCUGGACAAGGAGGUGACCAAAGUGGUGAAGGAGGCGGCCAGCCUGAAGAAGUACAACCUGCUGAACGACAGCCGGGACCUGCUCAGCCAAUCCAGCCGCUCCAAUAUCUUCGGCUCCGCCCCCUCCACCCCGGGGAGCCCCGCCCGGGGGGGGACCCCCAUCACCACCCCGGGGAGCCCCGCCCGGGGGGGGACCCCCAUCACCACCCCCUCCAGCCCGGGGAGCCCCGCCCGGGGGGGGACCCCCAUCACCAGCCCGGGGAGCCCCGCCCAGGCGGGGUCCCCCAUCACCUCCGCCCCGCCCCCUGAGCCCCGGCCCAGGACCCCCCCCGGGCCCCCUGCUCCUCUGGUCCCUGAAGGCCUCAUCACGGCCCCCCCCGACGGCCCCCGCACUGUGGAGCCGCUCCCGGGCGGGGGGGCCGCAGCAGAAGGUGUAGCGCUCCAGGGGGUCCAGGGGCCGGUCCAGGCCGCCCCGCCGCCCGGCCCCGGGGGGGUACGGAGCGCAGACGACCCCCCCUCGGAGCCGCUCCCGGGCGGGGGGGCCGCAGCAGAAGGUGUAGCGCUCCAGGGGGUCCAGGGGCCGGUCCAGGCCGCCCCGCCGCCCGGCCCCGGGGGGGUACGGAGCGCAGACGACCCCCCCUCGGACCGGCCUGACGACCGAACCGAAGACACACCCCUCCUCGACGCCGACCGCGCCCCUGAAGACCCCGCCCCCAUCGCCGCCGCAGCAGACGCCCUCAUCGCCACGGUGACGCAGCAGGUCACAGCCGUAGCGACGGCCGCUCCGGAGACAACGGGCGAAUCAGACGCCGUUCCCGAGACGACCACGGAGGAUAGCCCGGAGGCGGAGGACGAGCCACGGCGGUCACAGGAGACGCCCCGCGACGCUGGGGAGAGCGCCGCGGAAACCACAGAGGAAGAACCCAGCGAGCCUGCCCCUCCGCUGGAGGACCAACGGCUGGAGGCUGAGGCGGGGGCGCCCUCUAGUGGCGCGCUGAUGGAAACAGCAGGGAGUGAGGGCGGCCAGCAGGGGAGUGACUCCACCCCCUCAGAGCCUGUGGAGGGCGGAGAGGCCUCCACGCCAGAGGAGGAGGAGGAGGAGGAGCAGCAGCAGCAGCAGCAGGAGGUGGAGGAGGAGCAGGAGCAGGAGCAGGAGGAAGGUGAGGUCAGCAUGAGCUCAGCGGACCCCCAGGCUGAGGCUCCUGACAGCCCCCCCGUGGAGACCCCCGGGGCCCCGGUCCCAUCGGGGGCCGACGGCAGCGCCGGCCAGGAGGCCGAUCAGACUGUGGUGACGACAGACGCCUGUCCCCUGAGGGCCGCGGCCCCCCAGGGGCCCGUGGGCGUGUCCGACUGCGAGCUGGGGGUCAUGGACUCCAUCAGGGAGAUCCGGGACCUGGUGUCGGAGGUGGUGGACGUGGAGGAGCUGCUCCAGCGCUAUCCCGACGGCGUUCCCCGGGAGGAGGAAUGAGAGCGUUGUUCAACGGUACAGGAGUCACACUGCGCUCAUUCUGUUCAGGAGCAAAAUGGUAUUGCAAAUGAUAUAAUAUCUAUGCAAAUUAUACAUCAAAUCAACCUCUUCCAUGAUGACAUAAUAAAUAUAAAUGUAUACUUUUAAAAUUAUUUCAGAAAUGGAUCUCCUUAUUUUACAAUGUUGAAAUGUCAUUAUUUCCCAGUCCCAGUCCUACUGGGCCUUCACUGCCCAGUAGGGGGGCCUUCACUGCCCAGUAGGGGGGCCUUCACUGCCCGAGGGCCUUCACUGGGCCCCUAGCGUCCAGGGGCCUAAACGCUGCAGUAUCGGUCCGUCAUGCCAGGCUGGACUCAGGUUGAAUGUUAAUUAGUCAAACAUUGUUCAUACAAUUACUCAACAGAAUAUAAACAUAACUCUAUUGAAGUAUAUAUAAAUAAGGUGACAUCAAAGGAGGAAAAUAUAAUGUGAAAAACACAAAGAACAAAUGUAUUGUGCCUAUUUGUGUAAUAAACACUGCAUGCUAACUUUAAUCUUCACUGUCUCGGUUAUGAAAUGGAAAAAAGUGUGUGCCAAACCAGUUGUUCAUACAUAUUUUAUUAAAAGUAACACAGAAGGCAUCCUGAAACCAGCAGCAUAUCAGGCACAUUGUUCAUC